AAAAAAUGUUUAAAACUCGCCAACAUUUCACCAAAUGAUUGGGCGUUAAAAUAAAUGUAUGCAUAUAUGUAUGUAUGUAUGUAUAACAAAUGCAAAUUGUGAAACAGUGCGAUUGUAAUUUUGCAGAAGUGUCCAAAUGCUACCAUUUUAUGCCGCCAAUAUUUAUAAAUAUUCGAAAUAUUUUACUAAAUUUCUGUAACAAACUGCACAAGAUGUCCUUAAAGGAUUUUUAUUUUAUGAUUUCGGAAAAUUGUAUAUAUGUAUACAAUACAUGCAAUAUAUAUUUUUAAGAGUUGAAAUCAGUGUUGGAAAAACACUGAUUCCUCAUAAUAGUGCCACUUUGUGGUAUGCGACAAGAAUGCAUUUUAGCGAUAUAAACUUAAUUAUAUCAUCUUACGUCAGAACAUUGAGAUUGCAUUUUUUCCAAGAUAAAAUUUUUCCUUUGUUGGUCAAUAGUUUUUCAGUUUAUGAUAACGUUGGCAUGGAAAAGUUUUCCAGCACAGAUCUGUAUAUAAAUACGACGGGGCUGAGAGUAAACAACAUUGUAGAAUUUCCUGAACUGCAGAAUGCGUUACUACUUCAUCGUAACUAUAGCUUUAAUGAGCUAUUCCUUUGGCGCUCCGAUGGAUCCCGUCAACUCCACUUCGAAAGAUGCGCCAACCGCUACGCUCACUUCCGCUGACAACAAUAAAAAUGUUACAGAAGGGACAGCAAUUGAUGGGAAUAAUGAAUUUUGGAUUUUAGCCACACCACCUCCAUCAAUCACGAAAUUGCCCGAAUCCGAUAAGAAGGUUUUGUGCGACUUUUUGGAUUCUUUUAGUAUGACAAGGAUGAUCCUUUUCGCUAUUAUUUUGGGUGCCAAUGUGGAAUUUACGACCAACGCUUCGAAAUAUUUCCCAAAUGAGUUUGAAAUGCAUAUGAACAAUCUGCACGCAACAAAGGAUGAGAACUACUUCGGAAUCGACGAAGCUCAAGUAAUGUUGGCCUUACAAAACCAGACAGUUAUGGAGGAGUAUUCCAGAAUGGAUGUUGUUAAAGGGAACACUCUAAAAAUGCUUAACAAAAUUUACCAAGGAUUUAAAGCCGUCAAUAAGCAAUUACUUGAUGAUUUCCAAAAAAUGAAAAGCAGUUUAAGCAAGGAAACCGUCGACUCCGAACAGGAAUUCCUUCUUCCAUUUGAAAACAUAAAAGAGCCAACGAUGAAAUAUGACAGCGAAAUAGCCGAUCUUUUAAAUAAGCUGGAAAUAAGAUUUAAGUACAAGUACCAAUGUAUACCUACGAAAUAAACUGAUUUCUAAAUGCACACAUGAA